ACUGAAUCAUUGUGUUGCAUACAGUCGAGGUAAACCGGGUGACAAAAUAACUAGCACUUCAGCAGAAAGCCAGUAACACUAGAUCACAAUGUCUGCCGGAAAAUGUCAAAUCACAAAGCCCGCUCCGGAUUUCUCUGGCACGGCUGUCAUGCAAGAAGGUGAUUUUAAAGACAUCAAACUGUCCGACUACAAAGGAAAGUACCUCGUGUUUUUCUUCUACCCAUUGGACUUCACAUUUGUUUGUCCAACGGAGUUGAUUGCCUUCAGUGAUCGAGUGAAGGAGUUUAACGACAUCAACUGUGAGGUGUUAGCUUGCUCCUGUGAUUCUCACUUCAGUCAUUUAGCAUGGACAGAGAAACCGCGCAAAAAGGGUGGUAUUGGCAAGAUGGCCAUGCCUCUUCUUGCAGAUAAGAGCUGUCAGAUCGCCAGGGACUACGGUGUGCUUAUUGAGGAAGAUGGUGUUUCAUUCCGCGGUCUUUUUAUCAUUGACGACAAGGGAAACUUGCGCCAGAUCACCAUUAAUGAUCUCCCUGUAGGCCGCUCUGUGGACGAAACAUUACGACUCGUUCAGGCUUUCCAGUUCACCGAUAAACACGGAGAAGUUUGCCCAGCAGGCUGGCGCCCUGGCGGCGACACCAUCAAGCCAGAUGUCAAAAAAAGCAAAGACUACUUCAGCAAACAGUAACCAAAGCAACGAGACAGCAAUGAAAAGCAGCACUGACUUAAUAUGUUUAUGUGUAACAUAUUUGUAUUAAACAGCAGUGACAGUUAUGAGAAUUGGAAAUAGUUUUAAACAUAGUUUGACACAUGUGACAACAUAUUGAAAAUAACGCUUGUUUGGUGUAGAACAUCCUUUGUUUUUGUCCUGUGGGAAUGCAACUAGAGUUUAGAUUUGCACAUUUCAGUCUGCACCAUGCAGCUAUUUCAUGUGUAGUUUUGUAGGUGACGUACCUGUAGGGGAGGUUUUUGGCUGUGGCUGUUUCAUGUUUCAUUAUAUUGGAUUCGUGUGGGUUUGCAGUACAAGUUGGGGACUUUCUGUAAAAGUGGUUUCAUGAAGUAGUUAAAGGGUUUUCUGACACAGCUGCCCCGGUUGGUCUGAAUUUGUGUAGAAAGUCCUUAGCAACACCAUUAGAAACAGUUGUAGCCGUAGUUGUAGCUUACUAAGUAAGUGACGCUCUAUGAGGCUGUUUCAUGUAUUAUUUUUGUAACUUCCUCAUACAGUACUCUUUAACUAUUUAUCAGUACACCCAUGGCAGCAUUUGGAAUUCAGUAUUGCAGUUAUUACUUUGUUUCUUGGCAAGUUAAGAUGAGUAAGUAGGUAACUUUCCAGUAAAUAACUUUUUGGUUGACCUUAAUGGGGACUUGUGGUGUCGCUUGUGGUGUCGCUGGUGGUGGCAUUGCUUUUGGAAUUGUGCACAUGCUCAGAACUGUGUAUACAAUGGAAGAGGUUAAUCUGUUGCUACACAGCAUCCCAAAGUCGCCCAUAUCGGUCAACUGGAUCAUAUAUGACCAAACAAAAACCUGAUUUCUUAUCCAAAAGUCGCUAACAAAGUCUGACUUUUGUCGUUGUCUGUACAUGUACAUGUAUGUAUUGUGUUGGGCUUGAGUAUGUAGGUUACUUAAGUAAAAAUGCCACAAGCCUGUGAUCACCAAUUUUCGCUUACAGAACAAGCAUUGAAUUUCUGCGCUAGCUGUGUACAAAUGGUAGUAACGUGGCAUGUGCACAAGUUGCAAUUCCCUGCUAACCUGUGAAAUACGCUUGACAGCAGAGAAUUCCCUGCUUCUGUAAGCGUUGAUACUUCGCUUACGGUAAGCAGAGCCAUGAAAUUGGUCCAGCUCGUGAAGCAAAUCAAAAACUGUAUACUUGGUUGACUCCCAAAAGUAAAU